GCCGUCUCUGACCUGUCUCUCUUUCUCUCUCCCUUAUUCUUCUCUCCUUUCUUUUCGUCUCUCCUCUCUCUCUCUCUCUCUCUCCCUUGGUCUUUCUCGUUUUUCUCCUCUUCGGGGCUCGCGGAACUCACCAAAUGUUCGCGCCGCAUGCCCCGAGUGCCCGCAGCACCGCCGCCGCUCGCUUCCGUCGUUGCCGCCGUCGUGCUGUCUGACGACGCGUCCGCCACACGACAGACGAUCACCGCGUUCCGAUACGGUGGAUGACUCCGCCAGAAACGAAUUUGUAAAGGAAGAAGAAGCGGUGGAGAAAGAGCGCGAGAGUGCAGGCUGUCGCUAUCGCGAUCGAGUUGAAAGGGGGAGAGACGAUUUUCACGAGAAUCUCACGCGCGCGGAUUUCCCUCGCAGGUCCCCCUCCCCCUGCGGGUAUUCCCUUCUCUCUCUCUCUCUCUCUCUCUCUCUCUCUCUCUCUCUUACCCUCGUUCGUCGCGUCCAUUUUGCCGAAAUGAAAAUAACACCGCGAGCGGCCUUUCGCGGGCUCCCCGCGCCCGUGGUCCUGCUCGCGAUUCUCGUCUGGUGCCAGUGCGUGUGCUCGAUCGUGCACGCGAGAUCGCACCGGCUGAGGGCGACGUCCAACGGCACCGAGCCCACCGUCGUCGACUGCGAGCUGGUCAGGCCGUUCUUCGACACCAAGAACAUCACGCUCGCGCCGGCUACCGCCGCGGACUCGCUGAAGACGACGUGCGGCGGCAAGUGUUGCGGCGAAGAGAUGGAGGAGCGUCUGAAGCAACAAGCCCGGGCUGACUUCCACAAUCUGAUCCAUCAUCACAGCAGAAGUCUACAAGGCCUCCUCGCCACCACUGCCGACGCUCUCAGAGAGACGGUGAUCGUGCUACUGCAGAGGUCGGAGAACAAGACCCUGGUCAUGUUCGACCACGUGUACCGCUCGAUGGCGGUUCAGAGCAGAUCGUCGAUCCGGGCGCUCUAUCAGGCGAUGAUGGACUACGUGUCGCCCAUCAACACCCCGGACAAUCUGCAGCAGCCGUUGACGCGCGAGACGCUGCAGGAGCGCAUCAACGAGUUCUUCACGCGGCUCUUCCCGAUCGCCUAUCAUUACGCCAUUAAUCCGCACCAGGAUCGGCAGGACUUCACCGAGAAAUUCAAGUCCUGCUUAUACGAGAGGAUCGACGAGAUACAGCCGUUCGGCGACACGCCGCAGGACAUAUUUAAAAAGAUCGGCAAGAGCCUGGAGGCUACCAGGAUUCUGGUGCAGGCGUUAACCCUCGGUAAAACUGUCCUCGACCGGACCGACAACGUGUUAUUUGGCACCGAGAGCGGCAGCAGUCCCCAGCAGGGGGCCUGCUACGACGCCCUGCUUAGGAUGACCUAUUGUCCGAAAUGCAAGGGGAUCGGGAAGGAUGUCAAGCCCUGCAGAGGAUUCUGCACGAACGUAGUGAGAGGCUGCCUGACGGCACCGGCGUUCGAACUGGAUCUCGCGUGGUCCGGUUACGUGGAGACGGUCGAGGGACUCGUCUCGGCGGUGAGCGGCAAAAGCGAUACCCUCGGCCUGAAUGUCAGGAUCGCCGUCAGGGAGUUGGACUCCCGCAUUUCGGAUGCCAUUAUGCAUGCGAUGGAGGACGGUCCGCGGCUCGAGGAGAAGGUGAGAAAGGUGUGCGGCCGCUCGGAGCUGCUGCCGCCCGACGAGACGCGCCCAGUGUCCUCGGAUGCAGCUGCGAAAUCGUCCGCCGCGUCGUCGUCCAUCGGCGAGGUGCACACAGCUGCGUCGUCGUUACCGUCUCACGCGCAAGACGACCUGCUGAACCAGUUGCACAAGCAGCUGGUUAACUUCCUGGCGAGCGUCGUCAGGUCCCGCAUCUUCUACGGCACGCUGGCGGACGCGAUCUGCGAGGAUUACCCCGACAAGCAUUGCUGGAACGGCGAGCGCAUCGGAGAAUACACGAAAACAGUGGUGGACUCCAGUCAGAACGCUCAACGGUACAAUCCUGAAUUCACGAUAACGAUGUCGUCGACGCCGGUCACCUACUCCGGCAAUACGAACAUCAGCGCGCUCAUUGACCAAUUGAGGCACAUUAAUCAGGUGGUGCAGUCCCAAUUGGCGUCCGACUUCGGGCCCGACGCCUUCCUGGCCGACGAGGCCCUGGACGGUUCCGGAAGCGGGGACAGUUCGAUCUGGAGGCCACCCGGCAGGGAGGACGGUCACGACGACGACGAGGACGGUCACGACGACCAGGACGACGACGAGGCGUCCGGCUCCGGCAUGGGUCCGACCACGACAGACACGUCAACGAAGACUCAUGGUUCGAACGGUCCGCCCAGCUCCGGAUCAAUGAUCUUGCUAUCAUCCGUGGCCCUCGCUAUCGUCUGCGCAUCGCUUAUCGCUUAAUCGCUCGCAUCGCAUCGGGCACGAGAGUUACAAUUUCGAUCGCGAUUCACGGCCAGCGAUAGACGACGUAGAUAAGGAGAGUUAAACUAGUUUCUGUCUUGAGAGAGAGAGAGAGAGAGAGAAAGAAAGAAAGAACGAGAGAGAGGAUUGUUAGAAGAUCGGAUACCUAAUCCGCUUUUCACGCGGGAUUCUUCCGGCGUGCGUGAAUGCCGAUGAGCAACCUCGUAAGGAGGUACACGGGGAGCUUCCGCCCGCCGGAAUCGCAUACAAGUGCGAUGCCGUUGAUAAUUUAUCGGUGGCGUGUUGGGCAGCGAAGCGAACUGUUCCUGCCGCGAUCCCGCUGGAAGGACGCCGCGGUUCUCAGUGAUAUAUCGAUGCGCGUGGAAAUGUAUGCGUGUGUGUGUGUAUGUGUGUGUAUACGUGUGUGCUCGUGUGUGGGUGAGUGAAAGAGAGAGAGAGAGGGUUUUGUAAAAGUAUACGAUGGGGGAGAAAGGAAAAGAAAGAUAGAGAAGAGCGUACGGCAAA